UAAUAGGAAUAAUAAAAUUCCUUUCUUUUCAGAAAACUAUAAAUUGUGAAGAUCCUACCCUCGAUUUGAACCCUAAAUUCUCCCCUCUUCGAUAUUUUGGGUUUUAGCAGAAGCGUUGUCAUGGCCAAGAAAUCGUAUAAGUUGGGGAUCCCUCUCGAACAAAGGGAAGCAGAAGCUGCUCGCAUCAGAGAGAAUUAUCCUGACAGGGUACCGGUGAUUGUUGAAAGGGCUGAAAAGAGUGAUGUGCCUGAUAUUGAGAAGAACAAAUACCUGGUGCCUGCCGAUAUUACUGUUGGGCAGUUUGUCUUUGUGAUCCGGAAAAAGAUCAAGCUUGAUCCCGACAAGGCUAUUUUCAUUUUUGUUAAGAAUAUUUUGCCACCCACAGCUGCUUUGAUGUCUGCAAUUUAUGAGGAAAAUAAGGAUGAAGAUGGUUUUCUUUAUAUGACAUAUAGUGGCGAGAGUACGUUUGGGACGUGCUGAAAUAUCUGAAAUGGCGAAAUAGAAAAAACUUAGUUGUAGUUAUCUCCAGUCCAUUACUUUUACUUUUAUAUAAUUCUGUGUUGAUGCAUUUGUUGAGACGGAAGUCUUUAGUUUCAGUUUAAUGACCGUUUAUUUUCUAUGAAGAAACUUAGAAACGUGUUUUCCUCAAAA